AUGUGUUCGUCGGAUGAUUAUAUCGCAUUAUUGAAUGAUCCUCAUCGUCUAGCAAAUCUUCUUAAAGAGAAAUCUCAUUCUAUUAUAUCUGAUUCGACAUUUUUUCAUAUUGCAAAUCAUUUUCUUCAUCAACCCAUAUCUAUUGAAGGAUUUGCUAUUCAACGAAAUUUAUAUGGGAGACCACGAUCAUCAUCAUUAAAUCAAUGUGAAAUUGAUCUAUUAAUGUUUAACAUAAAACGAUGUCUUGAUUCUAAAUUCGAGCAAUUAACUAAACAUUUUCUUCAAUAUUUACAUAAUAUUAAUCGAUUAUUACCCAAAGAUUUUCGCGAUAUCGCUUAUUUAUGUGCAUUGAUUCUUUUACCAAAUAAUAAUAGAAAUGUGAUUGCAUGUAUUAUAUGUGCAUAUCUAGAGAUGAAUACAUCGUCUAACCAAAGAUAUGAUUUAAUUAUUGAUGGUUUAUAUAGAAAUGAAGACGACGAAGAAGAUAAUCAAUGGAUAGAUCAAUUAACAAAAUUUCUUGUCGAAAGAGAUACUCAAUGGUUAAGAAAAUAUUAUUUAGAAAAAAAAUAUACAAAUGAAAUUUUGCAUGCUAUUGAUACACAUAGACAAGAUGAUAUUUUUAAUAUUGAAGUAAUGAAACAAAAUUUAGAAGAAUUAUCUUCAAUUACAAUUGAAAAAAUUGAUUUAAAUCAAGUGUCAACUUUCGAUGAGUUGCAUUCAACAUUAUCGCUCUACGUUAUGAAUUUAACUCCUAAUCACUGUAUCAAUGAAUUAUCUCUUUUUCAUUUAUUUUCAUCUUCAACUAAUUAUCCUGAUGAUCUUCAUAUAUUAUUUUCUUGCUCAUUAAUAUCUAUUAUUAAUCCAAACAAUUAUUCUACAUUAACUCUUCGUUUAUUUCGUCGUUUGAUACAAUUAAUAAAUAAUUAUUAUAUACAUCAAAACGAUUUAUUGGAUGAUAAUCGUUAUCGGUUAACUAUUGUUUUUCUUGUUUCAAAACUCCUUUGUGAAGUUCAUCGACGUCGUUCAAAAUCUGAACAUGAAUGGUAUCGUUUAUAUAUUGAUAUUCCGAACGAACAUCCGCUACCGACAUUUGAUUUAUUUGCUGAUCUUCUUCUUCUAUUAGCCACAUUAUGUUAUAAACACGUUAAUUGUCAAAAUCAAGUUCGACAAACAGCAGGUACAAUAGAAUCGAUUCUUUCAAUGACACAAAUCGAUCUUAAUCAACCAAAAGCUCAAGCCUGCGUUACUUGGCUCGUUAAAUGUUUAACUGAAGAAAACGAAGAUAAUAGAAAUUAUAUUAAACAAAUUAAAUAA